GGAGUCCGACUACGUGACUCGGGAUCCUAGGACCGCAGCUGGCUUAGAGGAGACGAGCGGGAACGAAAGCCGAGCCACCCGGCUAACGCGGUGUCGAAAGUGCGUCGGCCGAUGCGCAGGCCGCAAGCGCACUUAGUCCUGGCGGCGGCGGCGGCGGCGGCGGCAGCGGGGAGAGGCGGCUUCUUUCGCGUCCGCACCUGGCUGAGGCGGCGGCGGGCCUUAGUCGCCUCGCGCAGCGGCUGCUCCUCCGCCGUUCCCUACCUCGUGAGCGGCUUUGGCCUCCCGCUUGCCCGCCCUCCUGCCUCCCCCGAGUCCCGGCGCUCCGCUGCUCCUCCGGGUGCGUAUUUCAACCCGGCGGCCUCUCUCCUGCCGCCGCCCGCCUCGUCCCGAAGGAAGUGGGGAAGGGGUUCCCGAGGCUCCGCGCCUGGGAGGAAAGCCCGAAUAGGAAGCGCUCCUUCCUUCGCCUGGCUGCUCCCGGAGCUCCUGCUUGCUUAUACCUGGAGAGGUUCCUUCUCUGCGCCUCCCCAGAGACCUCCCUUCCUUCUCCCCCUCCCCACCCAGGGGACGGUAACCCUUUUUUAAAAUAUAUAUUUCUCUCUUCCUCUCGCCCAAAAACUGACUCCAUACCUGGGGGGGGGAGAAUAAUUCCCUCCAGCUUUUCCUUGCAGGAGUCAAAUUGCACGUGCAUGCUUCUGCAAAAAGUAUCUCUUCCCACCCACCCCAUUAUUAUUAUUAUUUUUAAAUCUUUUCUGCACCAAGAGCGGACCCUCGUGGUGCUUUUAUUGGACUUCUGUCAGCUGCGGCUUAUUUAUUUUGUGGGCCUUGCGGUUGGCGCUUGUGUAAACUUUCCUUUUGCUCUGUGGGAGAGCUGCUGUGAGACGUGUUUUAUCGUCCGGUUAUUUAGUCCGAUGCAUUUCCGGCUUAUGCACGCCCUACCUGGUCCUUUUCUCCUGGGAAGGGCAACGAAACCGAAUGGUUUUCUUUUAGAAGGGGAUUGCUGGGACCCAUUAAUUAUCCUCAGCUCCCCAUAAUUCAUCCCUCUCCCCAAUCCAGAUUGUUCCCUAGAUGCUGUGUCUUUCCUAACAGGCACUUCCUUCUAAUCUCAAAGGAGGGUCUUACUUUACCCUUGCAAUCUUUCUCUUUACCCUCCUCCCCUGUCCCCAGUUUCUUUUAAUCUUCACUCAUGCUUCAUGUAGCAGCUUCCUUUAGUUCAACAAGACCUCAGCCUCUCUUCAUUACUGCUUAUAAGGAGAAGGCCUGGAAAACGUGAGAGCUUCUUCCCCCCCCCUUUCCUGAAGGGGUGGGUAGCAAAAAGAUAGGAAGGAAAAAAGGUGAGUUCUGUUCCUGAGUAAUGACUCCAAAGGACUCAUGAGAAGGGAAGAAGGAGCUCCCUCUUUGUCAGACACCCAUCUCACCUGCUUGGCUAUGGAGUGUGUGCAGGUUUCACCUGUGCAGCAACAAGGCAAAGCUGUUGAGGGGGACCGUGUGCUGCUGCUCCUGCCCGCUCCUGCUGUGCAGAAGGAAGAGGGGACACUUUUGGGGGGCUCUGACCCCUGGGCUGCUUCCCAACUGAGCAAUAGCCAAGAUGGCAAGAAGACCUUUCAAGACACUAAGGAGUUUUGUUCCAACAGUACAGAGAGUCUUCCCUCCCAGCAGGAUCAUCUUUGUGUCAGAGAUACUGUAGAGCGUUGUACUGCGUGUUCUUUAAAGGAGGACCCUUUAAAGGAGAGUUGUGAUGGGGCAGAGGAGGACUUGAAACCGUUGGAGACUUUGAACCAUCAGCAGGAACGGUCAUUGGUCAACGAAGCGGCUGACGGCAACCACACCUCUUUGGUUGCAGAACCUCUUGGGACGACUGCUCAAGAAGGCCUUAGGGACAAGGAACGGUCUGCUUCCGAGCAAAAUAAGCAUUUGCCUGACAAAGCUGAGUCCUCUUCUCAGAACUGCUGUUUAAGCUUGGAAGCAGCAAGUGGGGACACACCAGCAGAUGACCUAUUAAAUCAGGGUUCACCACCAGUGGAUGAGGGGAAGCCGAAGCCCGGGGCAAAGCAUGUGACUUUUCCUUCAGAUGAAGACAUCGUGUCUGGUGCCGUGGAGCCUAAAGAUCCUUGGCGGCAUGCCCAGAAUGUGACUGUGGAAGAAGUUCUCACCGCCUACAAGCAAGCUUGUCAAAAGUUAAAUUGCAAACAGAUACCCAAACUACUGAAGCAGGUCCAGGAAUUUAAAGAUCUAACCCCUCGGAUAGAUUGCCUGGAUCUAAAAGGUGAAAAAUUAGACUACAAGGCUUGUGAAGCUCUGGAGGAGAUUUUUAAGCGCCUCCAAUUCAAAAUUGUGGAUUUGGAGCAAACCAGCCUCGAUGAAGAUGGUGCAUCGGCACUGUUCGAUAUGAUUGAGUACUACGAAUCUGCUACGCACCUCAACAUCUCCUUUAACAAACACAUCGGCACCCGGGGCUGGCAGGCAGCUGCACACAUGAUGAGGAAGACAAACUGCCUCCAGUACGUGGAUGCCCGCAACACGCCUCUUCUGGAUCACUCGGCCCCAUUUGUGGCCCGCGCCUUGCGCAUCAGCAACAGCCUGGUUGUCUUGCACCUGGAGAACGCUAGCCUGUCGGGCCGUCCCCUCAUGCUACUGGCGACGGCUCUGAAAAUGAACAUGAACCUGCGGGAACUUUACCUGGCGGAUAAUAAACUCAACAGCCUCCAAGACUCGGCUCAGCUCGGCAACCUGUUGAAGUUCAACUGUUACAUACAGAUCCUGGACCUCAGGAACAACCACAUCCUGGAUUCAGGACUGGCCUAUAUCUGUGAAGGGCUGAAAGAACAGCUGAAAGGCCUGGUCACCCUCGUGCUGUGGAAUAAUCAGCUGACUCACACCGGCAUGGCCUAUAUGGGGAUGACCCUGCCUCACACCCAGAGUCUUGAGACCCUGAAUUUGGGACACAACCCGAUUGGCAACGAGGGUGUCCGCAACCUGAAGAACGGGCUCAUCAGUAACCGCUCAGUGUUACGGCUGGGCUUGGCUUCAACCAAGCUGACCUGCGAAGGUGCUGUGGCUGUGGCGGAGUUCAUCGCGGAGAGUCCCCGUCUGCUUCGGCUGGACCUGCGAGAAAACGAGAUCAAGACAGGGGGACUGAUGGCUUUGUCCUUGGCGCUGAAGGUCAAUCAUUCUUUGCUCAGGCUGGACCUUGACCGGGAGCCCAAAAAGGAAUCGGUGAAGAGUUUUCUCGAGACGCAGAAAGCCCUCCUGACCGAGAUCCAGAACGGCUGCAAGCGCAACUUCGUCCUGGCCAAAGAGAAGGAAGAGAAGGAGCAGAAACUCCAGCAGUCGGCCUCCAUGCCUGAGAUCACCGUCACAGGACCUCUGGAGGACGAGGAGGAACAGCAGCAGCAGCAGGCAGCGGAAGACGGUGGGCGGAACGGGGACGUGGUGUCCAGCCUGGAGGAAGUGGAAGACGGUGCCGAAGCCCUGAGGUCCCGCGAGAACGGAGCGGCGGAGGAGACGGGGCCCGAUGACAGCAGCCAGCUCGGCGAGUCUGACUCGGACACGGAAGAGGAGGAGGAAGAGGAGAAAGAGACCUCACAAGCAAAGACUUUCUUUCCGUCGGAACAACACAGCAAGCCUGGCCACACCGAGGGCGUUCCCGGGGUGGGUUCCCUCGAGAAGGACAGGGUCCCCCGUGGAGCCGAAGACAAGACCUCCCCCUCGGACACUGCCGAAGACAUCAUAAAAUGUGAACCUCGAAUAGGAACUGCAAGCAGUGCGCCACUGCAGGUCCCUUCUCCUGGGAAGGAGAAACGGAUAUCGGUUUCCAGUCCUGGGCGAGGCCAUAAAAUCUUCGUGGUGACCCGGGUGGAGAGCUUGCCGGAGGCGAGGGGAGCCCCGCAGAAGGCAGGCCCCCCAGCUCUGUCUGCACCUCCCUCGAGGCAGGCGGAUGCUCUGCCCGUAAAGACUGAAGGCUCCAAAGCAGAGACCGGUGAAACGGUGGCUGGGCCCCCAGCCAGCUUGGAAAGUCCGCCCCCCACGCCGAGUUCCCAUUUGGGCACCGAAAAAAUGAACCCUGGGUCCUACGAGGACAGUGUCCACCUCACUCUGCUUCCGAACGGACUCAAGACGGAGUUUCUUCACAUGCUGCCAGACACACCUUUAGGAUACGAUGGGAAAAGAGCCAGCUGUGCGGUGGAGCAUGAGCUGAACUGUUCCAAAAACGAGAAGGAGCUGGAGGAGUUACUCUUGGAAGCAAGCCUAGAGAUGGGGCAGGAAUCAAUGUGACACUUUAGUUCUGAGCAGUUGCUGAGCAGGCGGUUGCUUUAUGGAAGCCGUAACUUUACUCCCUGCCUCCACCGUGGGAUCCCAAAGUGGACACUAAAACACCGGGGACAACCGAAUGCCUUGUCCCUUCCCAAAGAGCUUUGUUUCCAGAUGCAGCCCCCUCCCCCUUCUCUCUCUCCCCUGCCCACCCCCCUUUUUUGGCAUUCUUGACGUCUUCCUCUGAGAAGAGACCCCCCGCUGUCUCGUGGGACCGAUCCAGGAAACCGGCAAGAGGGAGACCUCGAUCUGGAGAAAAGCUUUUGUACUCAAGUCCCAGGAUGAACUGUGGAUAACGGGACGGCCUCCGUCUCUCCUUCUGGAACACUAGCCAAGGGCACUUGCAAUUUACCCCCCCCCCUCCAUCCUCACUUUCCUUUCUUGAAGAACCCCCGCAAGCCAGAUUAAAUUUGUCGGCUCUGGAUGAUGUCCCGGACUAGCGACAUCUGUUUUAAACUUUUAAACCAACCAAGGAAAAAAAAACAAAAACAAGACCGAAACAAUCCUGCAUUUUGGCUUCUCCUACAGCGCAGAUGUGACCAGGCUCGGUCAGCGACAGGCCAAGGCGAGUAUUGUGACAGUGCUGAGUCAAGGUGGCGAAUUUGUCGUGUUGUAGUGCCCCCCAUGCUGGGGGAAAAAAAAAAAGGACACAGACUUUUCUCACCUAAGCAGGAUGAUGCGGGCUGUUUUAUUUCGCAGCCCAGACUACUAUUUAUUUUUAAUUCCUCUCUUAUCUCUUUAUCUACACACACACACACACACACACACACACGGGCGUUCACAUCUUCUUUCCUUCCUUUUGUCGUGUCUCCCUGUUUGUUUGGUGUCUAUUUAUCGUGGUGCGGGAAGUCUCUCGCUUCGAAGCGGCAUCCUGGUCAGAAAAAGAAGACAGAGAAGAAGGCCGUUCUUGGUUUCCACGCGGAGCGUUUGCCAUCAGCCCAGAACGUGUCGUGCAUUUUGGGGGGGGGGGCAAUUCCUCUCCCUUCGCUGCCCGCAAAUGUGAAAGCUGCCCCUGCCACCCGAAGCGGCUUCUUCAAUUGAUUGUCAAAAGAAUCCACCUUCAGGGUCUUUCUUUCCCAUCCGUGUGAACGCUGAACGUGGGCACAGCGGCUUAGCAAGCUCUUCCGCGGAUUGUGUCAAAAGAGUUUGCAAAGAGGCACGUGUCGCAAAAGAACACGUGGCUCCCGCGUGACGAAACUUGACACGAGAGCCUUUUCAUGAAUGCUGCUGGGUUCGGGGUAGUUUCACAACCCUCCCCAAUUCUCCCCCCCCCCCCGGAUAUACCCCGUCUCUUCAUGUCGCAGACCUUUCCACAUUCUCCUUACGGGUGCAGGAGGGGAUGGAAAAGUUAGCUGCACCUCGCCUGGGCCUUACAGAGUCCCAGAAUUGCUCCUGUCUUUCUCCCCCAGAGCAACGGCGGAGUCCAUCCCAGCCGAGCCAGGCUUUUCUUAACAUUCGGCCAGAAAAGGGGGUAGGGGGGACGCUAGAGACGGGGGGGCAAACCAGGUGAAGUGGGACUCUUCCCCUCCCACUUGUGCCGGGAAGCAGAACUUUGCUGCAUGUCCUGGUUUGGGGUGCUCCGACAUCUCAGCCGGAAAGGAGGCGAAGACGUGGAUGGCUGUAGACCAGGAGUAUCCAACUUUGGUGACUUUGAAGACCUGUGGACUUCCAUUCCGAGCAUAGCUGGCUGGGGAAUUCUGGGGAGUGGAAGUCCACGCGUCUUCCAAGUGGCCACGUGUGGACACCUCCUCUGCAGACAGUGUUGUGGGGGAGGCUGGACAAUUUCUCAGGGAAGGCCUUUUCGAAGAACCCCUCCCCCCCAAUAUGACACACACACACACACCCAGCGAAGCCAGCACACCCAAGGCUGGUGCCCGCUCACACGUGCCCUCUCCUCAAUGGUCCCUUGGUUGGAAGCUAGGAAGAGAAAGAUCUCCAGAGGUGGUGAGAAGCUGCAGACCUUCAGGUGGAUGUGGUGUCACGGGUCAUCCCCCCGAAUGGAGCUCUCUAUCCAUGCAUGGAGCCACAAAGACUGACUGGUGCUCAGCCAGGAUGAGCAGGCAUUUUGGCAUGGUGGAUGUGGAUUGGCAGAAGGGGAUCCAGCGAGCCAAAGUCUAGGUCGUUGGACAUCACGGUCACAGGAGUGUUCUGGAGACCGUGUUAAAUGUCCCCGUUAAAUCUUGGAGAUUUAAAUGUCCUCCCCCCAAAAAUCUGUGGAAAACAUUCCCAAACCGACUCUUAUAAAUAAAUCUCCAUCCAAACAGCUCACCUGAAAGAAAAAGAUUAGGAAGCAAAUUUUUCAUCAUCAGCCCCCCCCUUCAAAAAAAAAAAACAACAACCAAGGGAUGACUUAGCCCUUAACAGCCAUCAAAGCAAAACUGGCAAUUAUUAUUUUUUAAUUUACGAUACUCAUUCGAUGAAGCAGAAAAGGAAUGUUUUCCUCUGUUUGCUCUGCUCAAAAUACCUGGGUUUCUCCCCCCCCCUUUUUUUUUUUUUGGUUUCCCCUUUUUUUCCCUUUUUUUGUACAAAACUGACUGGAGGACGUGUCCUUCCUUGCAGAAGUAGAGGGAAAGCUAACUAAUGGAAUCGGUGCAGGACUUUUAAAAAAAACGAAAAAAACUUUUGACUUCCUUUAAAAAAAAAAAUCCGUGUUUGUUUGUUUGUUUUCUUAAGUGCAAUGAAAUCUUGAUCAGGGAGCAUGAAAAAUGGCACUUUUUGCUACGGGGGUUGGGCCGGAGAGGCAAUUUUUCCGUCUGCCUGUCUUCCUCUUGACCACGACAUCUCCUCACCCUCUCUCUCACACACACACACACACACAUACACAGGCACAAUCCUACCACUUCCCUGUAAAGGAAGGGUUAAUGCAGCCCCCUCUUCCCCCCCAAAAAAAAACAAAUAAAAAUCCCUAUCAAUAAAGUUCUGGCUGCAUUAACCCUCCAUUUACUCCUCCCUUUCCAUGGCAUCAGUUUGAUUUUUGUGGGGUUUUUUUUUCCCCCUCUCCUUUUGGUUAUUCUUUUGUCAUUCCUGUCGGGUGUGUGGGUGCGUGUGUUGUCGUUUUAUUUUUAUGGAAGCUGUCUUCUAUUAAAUGAAAAGCUGCAUUCA